AUGAUGGUGGUGAUGAUGGUAAAGAUGAUGACGAUGAAGGUGGUGGAGAUGGUGGUGGUGAUGGUAAUAAUGAUGGUGGUAUUGAAGAUGGUAGAGGUGGUUGUGCAGGUGAUCGUAGUGGUGGGGACAGUUGUGCUGGUGGUGCUGGUGAUGAGGAUGAAGGCAGUGAUGGUAUUGGUGAUGGUGAUGUUGCCCAUGGUCUGGAAGAGUCAUCAGAAGAUCAAUAAUAGCCUCAUGCUACAUUGCAAUGCCUGUGUCAUCUACCUCAUUUCACCUCAUCACGUAGGCAUUUUGUCAUCUCACAUCAUCACAAGAAGAAUAAGGAUAGCAGAAUUACAGCUGCAGAGGCUGCAGAUUAAUUCGCAACCUCAGGGGAUUCCUAGUUUUGACAAUGGGCAUGGGCUGAACCAAACGAUCAAAGCGGAGGUGGGCGAAGCUCCUCCAGUCCCGAGAACCGGAGCCCCGGCCACUUCCGCUCCCGGCGACCUCCAGGCCGGAAGCGGAAGUGCACGGCGGCAGCGGACGGCGGCGGGUGUGCUGGGCUGCGCGGCGCGCUGCGGUGGGAGUGUCUCCGGCCGAUCUGCAGACUGGGAAUCUCAACUUAAAUCCAAAGUGUCGACUCCUGUGCAGGAUAUUUUGGAGGAAAAUUCGCCCCAUGGUAUGCAAAUGGGGCUGAAGGCGGCUGUGCAGAUUCAGAGGAUGGCCAUGCCGGUGCCUGCACUGGGUGUUCCAGAGCUGGGGACGGCCGGGGGUUCUGCUCUGCUUGCCCAGGACCCCGCCUGGCUCCAGAAGGAGGGCACAGAGGACGAAGCUGUGGCUCCGGGGGUACUGAUCACCUGUCCGUGGGAACCAGUCACCUUUGCAGAUGUCGCUGUGUUGUUCACCCCAGAAGAAUGGAUGUUUCUAGACUCUGCCCAGAGAAGUCUGUACAGAGAUGUGAUGCUGGAGAACUAUAGGAACCUGGCCUCCGUGGGAGAUCAGCUAGGCAAACCCAGUACGUUUUCCCACUUGGAGCCAGGAGAAGAGCUGUGGCCCCCUGAGAGAAGAAGCUUCCCAGGAACCCAUCCAGAACCUCAGCAUCAACCCCAAGAUCCAAUUUCUAACCAAGAUAUUUUUGCAGAGAUUCCAUCCAUUGGCAUGAAAAGGGAGCAACGCCAGACUGGAGAAAAACUCUAUAAAUACAGUGAACUUGGGGAACCCUUUCACGGCAUUGAACCACUUUUUCAGUAUCAGAGAAUUCAUGCUGGCGGCAACCCCUAUAAAUGCCACGAGGGUGGAGAAUCCUUCUUCCAGCCUGCUCACCUAAUCGUGCCUGACAAGAUCUGUCAUGGGGACAAAACCUACGCAUGUAACAAAUGUGAGAAAUCCUUCAGAUACAGCUCCGACCUGAUCAGGCACCAGAAGACUCAUACCACGGAGAAGUGCUUUGAAUGUCAGGAGUGCCGGCAAGCCUUCAAGUACUCCUCGAAUCUGCGGCGCCACCUGAGGACUCACACUGGGGAGAAGCCCUUCGAAUGUGCUCAGUGUGGGAAAACCUUCACAAGGAACUUUAACCUGAUUCUGCACCAGCGAAACCACACAGGUGAGAAGCCCUAUGAGUGUAAGGACUGUGGGAAAGCAUUUAAUCAGCCGACCUCCCUGAGGAGCCACCUGAGGACUCACACUGGGGAGAAGCCCUUUGGAUGCAGUCAGUGUGGGAAAGCCUUCAGGGAGCACUCGUCGCUGAAGACACACCUGCGCACUCACACCAGGGAGAAGCCAUAUGCGUGUAACCAGUGUGGGAAGCCCUUCCGGACGAGCACUCAUCUCAACGUCCACAAGAGGAUACACACCGGGGAGAAACUGUAUGAGUGCGCUACUUGUGGGCAGGUCUUGAGUCGCCUCUCAACGCUCAAGAGUCACAUGCGAACUCACACUGGAGAGAAGCCCUAUGUGUGUCAGGAAUGCGGGCGAGCCUUCAGUGAACCCUCAUCCCUCAGGAAACAUGCGAGGACCCACACCGGCAAGAAGCCCUAUGCCUGUCAGGAAUGCGGGCGAGCCUUUGGUCAGUCUUCACACCUUAUCGUGCAUGUGAGAACUCACACUGCGGGGAAACCCUAUGAAUGCAAUCAGUGUGAGAAAGCCUUCAGGCACAGCUCUUCGCUUACUGUGCAUAAAAGGAUUCAUGCCGGGAGAGAGAAUGUUGCGAACGGUGGCCUGCCUUUAUCAGUGUCCCAUCCGUAUGGGGGGGCCCCUUGCUGACUGACUUCCAAGUUUUUAAAAGUAUACACGUUCUGGGCUAUAAUCAUCUCUCGUAGUACUUGUUUAGCCACGUCACAUGUUUUGAUGUAUAAUAUUUUCAUUUUGGUUGAAAUCUAAAUAUUGUCUUAGUUUCUAUUAUCACUUAUUCUUUGGCCUGUGAGUUAUUUGUAAUUAGAUUUUAAGAAUAACAGGACAUGGGUAUAUUUUUAUAGAGGUAUAAUUACUUAUAGUGAAAUGCAUAAAUCUUAAGUGUACAGUUGGAAGACUCUGGUGCAUGCAUAUAUAUAUGUAACCUACACGCCAUUUAAGAUAUAGAACAUUUCUGUCCUUCUGGAGAGUUCCUGCAUGUAUAUGGGUUUUUUUUUUUUUUUUUUAGUUCAUAACUUUCUGUUGUUGGUUUCUAAUUUAAUUACAUUGUGAGCAG